AUGGGAUGUAUGUCCAGUAAAUAUGCAGAUUCCACUGGGGGAGACGUUAUAAAAAAAAAGCAAGUAAAACUAGAAAGCCAAGGAAGAGGAACUUCUCCCGAAGGCGAUAGGAAUCCAGUAAAGGAGCAUUGGCUGAAUAUUGUCUUGCGUGGUAAGCCACAGAAUCAAAAUGCAGGAGCAUCGAACCAGAAUGGAAACAAAAAUGACAAUGAAAUCAAAGUUUUGCUGCUUGGUGCUGGCGACAGUGGAAAGACAACAAUUAUGAAGCAAAUGCGUCUUCUUUACAGUCCAGGAUUUAACCAAGCUGCUAGACGGCAAUAUCGAAUUAUGAUUUUUGAAAACAUAAUCACAUCGGUAUGCUUACUUAUGGAUGCUAUGGAAAAUAGUGGUAUGAGCUUGUUGCCAGAAAACGAAAAAUACCGACCGAUCAUUUUGAGAAAACAAACCAUUCAAGUAAACGAGCCGUUUCCCGCAGAUCUUUACGAGGCGUUGAGAGCUUUGACGCUCGAUCCAAAAAUAAGGACAGCACAAAAUUGCGGUACGAACCUUUCUCUUUUGGAUAACUUUUAUUAUUACCAGGAUCAUAUCGACCGAAUUUUUGACCCCCAAUAUUUACCCUCAGACCAGGAUAUUCUGCAUUGCCGAAUUAAGACCACAGGAAUUUCUGAAGAAACAUUUUUAUUGAACCGCCAUAAAUAUCGUUUCUUUGACGUGGGUGGUCAACGCUCGGAGCGUAGAAAAUGGAUCCAUUGCUUUGAAUCCGUCACAGCAUUGCUUUUCCUUGUUUCUCUCGCCGGGUACGAUCAGUGCUUAGUUGAAGAUAAUAGUGGCAACCAGAUGCAAGAAGCGUUGUUAUUGUGGGAUUCGAUUUGCAAUUCAAGUUGGUUUGCGGAAUCGGCAAUGAUUUUGUUCCUUAAUAAGUUGGAUCUAUUUAAACGAAAGGUUCAUAUAUCUCCUAUUCAGCAGUAUUUCCCUGACUAUCAGGAAACUCCUUCCACUCCAACAUUUGUUCAAACACAAUGUCCGUUUUCUGAUAAUGCCGUAAAAAGCGGUAUGUACUAUUUCUACUUAAAGUUUGAAAGCUUAAAUCGCAUUGCUUCUCGCAGCUGUUACUGUCAUUUUACAACUGCUACGGAUACGAGUUUGCUUCAGCGGGUCAUGGUUUCCGUUCAAGAUACAAUUAUGUCAAAUAAUUUGCAAUCUUUAAUGUUUUAA